AUGUCUGAUGUCGAAGUUGAAGUUCCAUCUACGUUUAAGAAGAGAAAUCUCAAGAAUAGAGGCGGAAGAAAACGUAAAACGUCUAGUUCUGAAGAGAAGAACAGUUCAGACUCUGACGAGCAGACCGUAGUGCUGCCUACAAAGCGUCCACAGAAGAGUAAUCCCAAUAUACAGAGUACUGGCGGUCCAAAGAAGUCCAAGCCGGAGAUCGAUGUUGCAAGUGACAGUAGCGAUGAAGAGAAACUAAAACAGCGUACCACACUAUCAGUACAACAACAGCGAGAGAACGCCACCGCCACCUAUGAACUGGACACUGAACACGAUCGUGAUGCACAGGCCAUCUUCGAGAAGGCACAGAAGAUUAACGAGGAGCUACAGGGCCAGGCUGAUGACAAGGUAUACCGCGGCAUGAACAACUACGCGCAGUACUACAAGAAACGAGACACAGCGGCCGGUAAUGCGAGCUCGGGGCUCGUUAGGAAGGGACCUAUCAGGGCACCUGCUAAUCUGAGGGCUACUGUCAGAUGGGAUUACCAGCCGGAUAUUUGUAAAGAUUACAAGGAGACUGGCUUCUGUGGUUUUGGAGACUCGUGCAAGUUCCUUCACGACCGUUCAGACUACAAGCACGGCUGGCAGCUGGAACGCGAGGAGACGGAGGGCGCUGCUCCAGCUGGAGACUCAGACUAUGAAGUGGACAGUGAUGAGGAACUGCCUUUCCGCUGCUUCAUAUGUAGGAACAGCUUUACAGAUCCUGUUGUAACCAAAUGCAAACACUACUUCUGCGAAAAAUGCGCUUUGGCGAAUUACAAGAAAAGUACACGAUGUUUCAUAUGUAACGCUCAGACGAGCGGUAUGUUCAACCCAGCUAAAGAACUGGAGGCUAAGCUGGCACGGAGACAGAGCGAUGAUGAAGACCAAGAUGAAGAUGACGACGAUGAGUGA